UGACUCCGCAGCUCCUCAUUCACUAGAAGAUGGCGGACUGCGCUCCACUAUUAGAUGAGGAACUCUCGUCCUUUGUCUUCAGUUACCUGACAGAAAACUCCGGCAGCCAGUAUGGGGAGGAGGAAGUGUGUUCGGACCGCUUGGACACCGACUUCCCUGACAUCGACCUCUCCCAACUGGACACCAGCGACUUUGACAGCGUCAACUGCCUCAGCGAGCUGCAGUGGUGCACCGAUCAGCCAGUGGAUGUCUCACCAGCCUCCAUCCACUACAGCACGGCAGAUGAGCUCUUCGAGAUAGAAGAGGAGAAUGCGGCCCUGCUGGCCGCCCUGACAGACAGUUUGGAUGGCAUGGUGGAUGCCGAGGUGGGCGGGCUCUCCGUCUUUCCCACUCUGGAGGAAGAGCCCAGUCAAGAGGAGGAGGACGAGAGGAGUCUUCCUCUGAGCGCCGAGGACUUCAGUCAGCCCCUGGGGGCUGAGACAGAGGACCUAUCUCUUCUGAAGAAGCUGCUGCUGACUCCACCCAACGUCCCAACUGGCAUCGAUGUGCACAAAGAUGGAGUCCAAAGCCAUCGCUACAGCAACAAAAGUCUGCGCCUACGGCCAGUCAGACCCCUGUCGAAGAGCGACCUCCCUCCGGAGCGGAAGCCCCGAGCGGUGCGUCCCACCGGGCGCCUGUGCACCGAGCUCCACCGCCACCUCACCACGGCGCAGGACACCGAGGACGCCCCGGUCCAUGACACGGACGAGGGCGAGGACGAAGAGGAGGACGAGGACAGUGAGUCGGAGGAGGAUGAAGAGGAGGAAGAGGAGGAGUCUUCCAGCAGCGAGGUGGAGGGUGCAGCGGCAGCCGCUGCUGGCCCCGCAGAGCCCGCUGCGCCUCAGUUCAGCUCGGAGAAAGAACUGCAGUCCGUUGUUGAGCUGAUCACGUACAUGCACACGUACUGCCUGCCCAUGCGCAAGCAGCAGGGCUGGGACCGCAAGGACCGGGACUUUUCAAGGCCGCGGGCCAAAACCGACGCGCCCCGCCCGGCCAACACAAACUCUCACAGCAGAGUUGUACUGGUAAACGCUCCUGGGACUAGCGGCAACCUGAACGGGACAAGCAGCGGCGCCCCCAGGAGGCUGCCCUUCGCCAGGCGGAGGGAGAUGAAGGCCAACUCCCUUCUCCGUCAGCUUUUGCAGCAGAGCAGCUCCUUCGACGUGAGCAAGCCUUACAGACUCAACAGCCCACCUUACACCCACACACACAGCCCCAACAGGGGUGCAGCAGCGGCUCCGUCUCCCGCGGCUAACAAAUGCCCCCCGGCCCGGUCCCUUAGCUCCACCUACCCCAAACCUGAGCUUUGGAAAGACUCUUCCUCGCUUGGGAGGAGAAACUCUUCCUCUGAGCUGCUGCAGAGCCUGGAGGAGGCCGCAGAGACCAGCAGCUCGUUCUCCGUCCGCCGCUCCAGACGCCUGGCAUCCUUUCCCAGCCGCUUCGCCAAAAGACUGCGCCCCACACGAGUGAGGGAUGAAGAUGGGAAAGAAAAGGAUGAGAAGGUGGAGGCAAACGCAGGGGACAGACUCCUGCCCACACAGGCUGGAGGGGGAACCACGACGGAGGCGCAGCCAGAAAAAGUGACGUCUGGCGAUGGCAGCAACCCCUCUGAGCUGACCAAAUCCUGCUGCCAUGAAAAGCGAGCCUGUCUCUGUCUGCCCCUCCACUCAAAGUCCACAGGAGAGUCCCAGUUCAGCACCAGGCCUUAUGAGCAGACGCUCAGUGUGGAUCUGUGUGGAACAGCAGGUCUCACCCCUCCUACCACCCCGCCUCACAAACCUGUGGAGGAUGAGCUCUUUAAGCCGACGGAUGGAGGAAAGGGCGGUGGCAGCAGCGAGGGCGGAAGCGGCGGCGAGUCUGUCCACCCGGCUUCAAAUGCCAACCCGAACGUCGCCGCGAAGGGCUCGGCCUGGCUCAGUCGCUCCCACCACCAGAGGAAGCUUCCAGAGCAGACUGAGCUGUACGCCCAGCUGCAGCGCAUGGGUCAGGCAGGCGAGGGUGACACCCAGCGCACCUUCGGUGACCACGACUACUGCGCACUCAGCCUCGGGGAAAGCCGCAGGCGCAGCGCCGCCAUCCUGGGCGCCAUACUCCAGACACAGGGGGGGAGCGAGGGAGACGGCACCCAAGCGUCUGGUCUUGCGGACGAUAACGUUUUAGGUGAAAAGGGCGAGGAAAGCGAGGAGGAGAGGCUUGUGACGACGGAGGUCGAGGAGACACCGGAGCAGCAGACGACAAUGGUGUUAUCGUCGUCGCCUCCGUCAGACUGCCAGUCGAUCGCCGCGACGCCUCCCGUUUCUGAGGAGGAGGCGGAGCACUCGUCGGCGUCUCGCUCACCUUCACCCAUCCUCCACUUGUGUCCUGAUUCCCCGUCCAGCAAGACAGACUCCAGUGAGAACUCUGAGAGCUGUCCAGACGACAACCAGGGGAACAAAGACAAGUCUGACGAGGACAACUGCCAGGUGUUUUACAUCCACAACCUGCCCAGCAGGGUGACCGAGAACAUGCUGAGGAGACGCUUCCAAGUUUUUGGCAAUGCAGACGACUGCAAAGUCAUCAUCUGCAACGAGGAGCGCUGCGGAGUGAUAAAGAUCCGUCAGUCUGGGCCUCAGAGACAUCGCAAGGAGAUUGUGUUCCAGAACGCCCCCGCAGGCCUACGGAGGCUAACAAGGAAACGCUACAUAGAUCUUGAUGAGGCAGGCCCCGGCCCUGUCAAGAGUAAGUACGAUGCACUGGACUUUGACACUCUGCUGAAGGAGGCCCAGAAGUCCCUGCACCGUUGACAGUCCAGCGCUGCUGACUGGCCAGCCUUAGUAAACUGCAGCAGAACCCCUCUGAUAACACCCACAGUACCUCCGUGCAAGGCAACCUCGCAAAAUGUUUACAUUUUUACUAUUGAAAUGACACAACAAAGACCUUGAUUUUUUAAGUCUCUUUCACCGGAGGAUACUGCUUAAAAACAAGGAAGUCACCGCGAGGAGUUAAGAGACAGUGGAGGAAAAAAAAAAACAAAAAGGACUUUUAAGUGGCGAUGGUACAACAGCUUAAAAACAACAAUGAUACAGUUCUCUGAACAAAUGUAACAACAAAGCUGCUUCCUGUCUGUUCUGGUGUCGUCUUUGCCCUGCCUUGGAGGAACGGGCAUGAGAAACCUGUAGCAAAUCCUUGCUAUCCCCGCGUUGCGUUGGUCGUUGUGGUGCGUGUCGUUGCGUGUGCGUGUUCCUCAUUCUGUUCGUUUUGUAUGCAAAGAAAAACAAAAGAAAAGAGAAAACCUCCCUUUUUCUGGUCAGAAAUGGUAAACCUGCAGGCUGUGUUUGCUUGUUUGGUGAUAUUACCAGGAUGUGAUUUUAGCGAAUAAUUGUCUAUGUUAUAAAUUUUUAAACGUACUCUGCGUGAGUGUGUGUUUGUGUGUGUGGCUGAGUGUGUGUGUGUGUGUGUGUGUGUGUGUGUUUGUGUGUGUCUCAUGGACAAAGUAUAUAACAAACACGUUUAAUGUAAUCAACGGAUGACUGAUAAAAGUUUACAAAUCUAAAAUGAAGAAAAAAAAAAUCAUGUUUCCUUUUUUGUAAUUGUAGUGCUUCCUUGAUUUGAUCUAUGCACUGUAACGGAGAUAGAUGUCUCCUCUGUCCCCCUUCUGUCUCUGACUCUGCCAUGCUAAAUAUUUAGCCUCUGCUACUGGCUGCUGUAGGUUCUGUUUAGUGGAUGUUUCACACAUGAAGACCCUAUUUAAAAUGGUUUUUGCUUCUUUUCUUUUUCAAAGAUCGUGGAUGUUUCUACGAUCAACAUAGACAGAGGAAGGAGUUGUCACUGGAAAAGCAUUUAGGGUAAAACCUUACCUUGGAAUCGGCUUACAAAUCUGUCCUACAGAUUAAGAUGUCCCUGUUGAUUUGGACGAAUGUUGCACCAAAAAUGUCUGUUCAUAUAUAAAACAGAACAACGGUAAUUAUUCCCACUGCUACAGAAACCACACAACAUAGAUUUUACAGUUGUAGUAUUGCCAUCUACAACAGCACCACAUAAUUUAAUGAUAUUUUUCAAGUAAACAUACUUAUUGAGCAGAAUAUUAUCCCUUUUUACUGUUUUGCUCUUUAUAGAGAAAUCCAGGUAUAAAAAGGUGAAACCAGCUGAAUAAUUAAUUGGGCUGUCGGCUUAGUUAGCUAGCCUGCCGUCAUUUACCGUCACUUUUAGCUUGCCUUCUGUAGGUUAAAUAAAACGUUACCAUAGCAACAGUGAUGGUUGGCUCUUCUUUAGUUGCCACAUCAUCCCUGCCUGUGGUUUUCACGAUCAGAAAUAUUUGCAAACAGCCAAAUUUGUCUUUGUUGUACCAAAAGGGACAAAAGCAGAAAGCUUGUUUCAGCCGACUGACUUAACCCUCAGAUUCCACAUCCUCCGUGUUUGCUCCGUUCCGUUCACGUCCGAUCGACGGAGCAACUACGUUGUCAUGUUAAUUAAUGAGAACGGUUUACACACCCUCCGUGAUUUCUCGAAACCAUCGACAGACCCACUCUCCCUCGUUCCCUCGUGAACAACUCUGACUCCGGUCCGUCAGGGUCCGCCCGGGUCGAGCUCCGCCAUUCCAGUCAUAGCAAUCCAGAAAAAGAACAGCAACAACAUGCAGUUUGUAAGUUAAAUAGUGUAAAUAGAGAAUAUUAACCACAAAUUAAAUGUAGCUUUUGAGCUUGGUUUACUUUGAUGCUGGAAACUAGCUCAUGCUUAAUUGGAAAUAUGGGUUUGUGGCAAGUUGAAACAAGACUGUGGGACAAAGCUGAACUAGAAGAAAGCUUGGUUACGGAUUGGGUAUACAUUCUUAGUUGCUAAAACAAGACAAAACUUCCUUAUUUAAUUUUGAGUUUGAAGAUUAUUUUUUUGGAAAAUUGUCUUAACACAUUAAGAGCCUUUAACUUUGGCUAAGUGGAGUCUCUGCUGUGGUUUAGACGGAGUCAGUAAGCAGUGCACUGGUUGCCAGCUGGCGUUUUGUAGUAGUAGUCAAACCUACUUCUACUUAACCCUAAUUUAGAGAAGAUGGAGACCCUGGGAAGCCUUUUCAAUUGCAGUGAUCAUCCUUACAUGUCAGUGAACCGCUGCUAUUUUUUGAAGGGGAUCGUAACUAAUAGCUUAUUGCCGUCAAUUUUGAGUGAAAUGUUUCCUGGCACUUAUCAGAAGAACUGUGAUUUUAUCCCUUUUUUGCACGUCGAUUACAUCUAGUGUAACAUAGCAAUGAAACAAGUGCAUCAAACACUACACAAAAUAUUCAAUUUAAGUACAAAUAGAUUUUACACCAACAUGAGCUAGUUUUCCCAUUUAUUCGAUUUUUUUGACAGGGCAGGCGUUUAUCUCCCGUAACAAAACAGCGGUUUGCAAAUCAACCUGAGAAGCAGCAUAGAUAUACAGUAAAAUUAGGAAAUUAAAAAGUAAAAUACCUUUACAAUCUCCUUCCUCACAACCUACAUGCAUGUUACAGCCGUCUACGCCAGCCCAUUCCUGUCCAGUCGUCUGUACAGUACAGGUCAAAACAGAGAUGUGUUUAUUUAAAUUCUGUUUGGCUUUUAAGCUCAAACUGCAUAACCCAUUAAUAUACUAUGGUCACAGAUGUAGUAGGAAUGUAUUCUAAGAAGCUGAAUGUAAUCAUCGUGUUGUUCCCGCACAAAGACUGUGGAGCGAUGUGGUGCUUCAAAAGGGCGGGCUUGAGACCGAAUCUGGUUAGCAGCUAGUUUACGUUCCAGCAGCAGCCAGCAGCAGCAUGCCUUGAAACUCCUAGAGAGCCUCUGAAUCCUGCCAAUCUGGUGGCAUCAAACCGCCACCAAUAACGCAGCCAGGGAGCUGGCGAGGGAUCAGCUGAUUAAGAACAGAGAAAGUAAGCGACUGAGAAUUCGAUUUCUCGUCAUCUACCGGGUCAGAUGAGCGUCUCUACCUCACAUCCCUUUAUCCCUAACCUGGCCAUCUUUUUGGUCAUAGGCUCUCCCAAACGCUCUCUCUAUCUCUCUCUCUCCUAAUUUAUCAUGGUAUCAAAGUUGUUUUCAUUGAAAAUUAAAGCUUUCACAGCUGAUGAGGGGUGCUGGGUGGUAUAAGGGGUGUGGGUCUCGAUUUCUAAGCUCCUUGUGACAGAAGUAAUCUCUUUGUGUAGGCUGUCCUCUGCUAGCCUCAUACCGGUGUCCGUUUGUUGGAGUCUCAACGUCGUAUCCUCGUGUAAUUGAAUGUUUUGUCUUUGUCUCGUGUUUGAGUUGGACACUGCUGAUGCUUACGGGUCAGUGAGAGGUCAAACAGUGGUCUGGCGGACUGGUUGCUCCUUGUGUGCACUUUGUUGGCGAGGAUUCAAAAUCCUUCUCCAAAUGCACUUGCUUUCACGUUUUCUUCAAGGAAGUGCCACUCCCUCCCCCUGUUUUUACCUGCUUGCCCUCUCGUUGCCCAGGAAAUCCGAUCCAAACGCAACCCGACUCUUGCUCUAUCUCUGACUUCUGUCUCUUUGUGGGUUUAAGGCCUCAUUGUCUUCAGGUCCUCCCCCACAAAGUUCCCACUUUUUAACAGAUAAUCUCCAUUCCCCUGUCCUGGUUCUUGUCUUUUCUAUCUAAUCCACAUCUUGGUAACACACACAUACACAAAAAAAAAUUGAAUGUUUACAUCACUUGUUUCUCCUUUGACUUUAUUAGGAACGCACACUAAGUACAAAGGCGCCUUAUUCAGUGCUUAAAAAUGAAAUAACAGCAAGUCAAGAUUCUGGAGAGGACGCCUUCCUCUCCAGGCUCACAGAUGUCCAAAACUAACACUUUAGUGCUAUACAUACUGAUUGAAAACAAGGUGUCGCCUAUUAAAAAGGACAAAAAAAAAAAAGGAACAACUUGUGAACAACUGAGUAAGGUUUUGUACUUAGUAUGUAUACUACUAAAAAGUGAGAGAAUGUGCUGGUUUACAUGUUAAAAAGAUAAUAUAUGAAUAUAUAAUGUGUAUAUAGCACUAUGCCUCAUUGUAAACAUUAAAUGUAUGGUGUGUUUUUUUUAUUUUAUUUAAAUUUUUGGUGGUGGGUCACACUUGAUUACUAAUAAGACAGGAGAUUUCAGGUCAGUUUUGUUUCAGUGUGUUAAUUUUGUUCGGUACAGGGAGGAAAUGAAGGGAAAAUAACGACUUCACACAAAGUCCAACACAACACUGUAGCAAAAAGAAGACAAAAAAGAAAAAAACAACACAAACGUAAAAAGGUAUCACCGUAGACUAUCACUUUAAGAUGGUUGUAUUUCUUUUCUUAAUGUGGAUUUUGCUUUUCCUGUUUUCUUAAAAAGCAAUUUUCCGAUGCAAUACAUAAUAUUCUCAAGACAGCCUUUGUGAAAAAAAAAAAAAAGCGGAGGUAAUAAUGUACAGUGUGUGGUUGAUUGUUGAGCUAUUACACGGGCAAUCGUUAAGCUGCGGUUUAAGUAGGCUGCUGUACUGUAUGUAGACUGCCAUUUUAAAAAUAAUCUACAGGAAGAAUGUGGUCAGUAAGCAGAUAAACGGAACACGUUGUUCCAGCGUUCUCACUGCACAAAUCGUCCUAUUUCACCUUCUUGGUGAGAUACCUUCACUGUUUUUUUUUUCUUCCUUUUUCUAAGCUGUUGUAACUAUAUUAUUACCACAUUUUGAUGGUGCACAGACUUGGUUUGAAUCAGAGUUGCUUACAGCACUUACUUUACAGCCAAUAACGAUACACGUAUAUCUCUGGUAAAGGAACGUGGCAGGGAGUUGUAGAAGAAAAGCUGGUUUUAACCUGGGAAAUAUUUUUCAACAGCCAAUGCUAGCGCUGUAGAAAUCCUAGUUUCACUGCUGCACCUUACGCUGGAUCGGAAAAGGUCGGAAUGGGAGGGUACAUUAUUCUUGAAAAACAUUCAGGCAAUUAUGCAGUUCAGGUUUUCCUUGCAGGUGACCAGUCGUUAAUGCAAAGGAGGAGCAUACACUGUCAUUUCAUGUAAAUUAAAGUUCAACCUUUAGCCUGCAGCACUGCUCGGGUUUCUACAGUGACUGGCGCUGUGCCUGCAAGGGUGUGUAAGGGUUAAAUGAAAUCGUAUCAAUCCAAUGUUUAUCAUGGCAAGCCUUAAAAAUUUGUUUGGGGGGAAACAAAGCUAUCAUUAGCUUUUAAUAUUACUAUUUAAACCUCUUUCCAAUCCAACAUGGUUCAUUAUUAAAUAAUUACUGACGUAAUUUUUUUCAAUAGCCAUAUUAUAAAAAAGGUAUAUACAUAUAUAUGAAUAUAUAUAUAUAUAUUUGUGUGUUUGUGUAGAUAUCUAGAUUAUUAUAUACUUUCUUAUAGAAAACUUUGAUGUGGGUCAUUCUUUGCAGUGUUUUGAGAACACGUUGACGCAUUUCAACAUUAAUAACUGCUUUCUAUUUGAUCUAAAUGUUAGGUCAAUAGGCAGUGAAUCCAAAUAAAUAAAUAAAAAAACGUAUUUAAAAAAAAAACUGUUCCAAAGGGAAUUACCCUCAUAAGAAUGCAAUAUCUUUCGUUCCACUCUUCAUUUCACAAAAAAAAAUGGAAAAUGGUGAGAAAACAUACUUCUUAACAGGCAAACUGACCAAAAAAAAAUAAAAUAAAAUAAAAUAAAAAGCAAUGAUUCAACAGGGGUCACGGACAGAAGUGAAAAUGUCCUGAGAUUCAGUUUUAAAUGUUACCUUUUUAAUGCCAUGGCUCAGUAAACCUUGCAUCACUCACUGUUUGUUUUAAGCCAUGAAUUUAGCCCCGACCACGACAGGAGUGCUUGCAGUAUGGGCCGAGUUUAAAUGAAACAUGUAAAGAACUUAAUGGCUAAUCUGACAAACUAAAUGGCGACACUGAUGUCAAAAAGAUACUUAUUUGGGGCUGUAAACUGUCAAAUCUGCUUAAUGUGAGUGGGUGUUUUUUUUCUUUAUAUUUUUUGGGGAGCUGUGGAUACAAAGGGCAUAUGUUUAUGUUGUUUUCUUUUUCAUUACUGUUCAUUUCAUUGUCUCUUCACAUCUAAUGACUAUCAAAUUCAAAAAUGAUUUUUUUUCUCCUUUUUUAACCUAGUUUUUUUGGUAAAAACAAAAAAAAGUAAAUACUGCUAGUGAGAUUUUAUAUUUUUACAUAUGUUUGUUUUAUUUUGUGUUUUCUUUUUCUUUUUUUAUUUAUACCACUUAGUUUUGAUGUCUGAAAAGUUUUUUUUUUCUUUGUUGUGUAAUUUCAUAUGUCUUGAGAAUGUGGAGACAAAGGCAUUUCAGUAUUUUUGAAUUGUUAAAAUCUAGUUUCAUAGAAGCUAAAGUAUCUGAUGUUAUAAAUUAUAUUUUAAUUCAUGUAAAUAGUUUAAAACAGACGACUAUGGCUUCCUUUUAAACUGAAUACAUUUCUCUUCAGAGAUUGUUUACAUUAUGAAACUGUAGAGAUGUGCUCCUCAUAUACUGUAUAAAGUAAAUAUAUUCAUUGAUUUGCCUCCAAAAAUAAAAUCCUAAUGAACAACA